CGGUUACACGCGAAAAUCUACCAAGCUCGCGCGGACGGAAGACGUGAUAUUGAUUACAGAUCCGAAUCCUCUGUAUAAAUUAACAGCUGUUGUGAAGAGCCCUAGUCAUUGUAAACACAACUUUCAAUUUCAAUAGGAAGGAAGUCAGUCAAUACGGGUGUCUGCAGCUAUGGAUUCGAUCAAGCCUUUAGCCCCGAGUCGCAGUGUUUCCAAGUCCAAACACAGGAAACAAUAUUGGAAGAACAGAGGGAGGAGGGAAAAGAUGGAACGAUUGAAAACAGAUAUGGUAGAGAUCGGCGAGGGACAAAAACGCAUAAGAGAAGGGCAACGAGAAAUAAGACAAAAGUUUGAAGAGAUAGGAUCUGAAUGCCGCAGGCUCAAAGAGGAGACGAUGAACAUAGCCAAGCAGAGUGAUUACAACCAAACCAGGAUCAACCUAAUGUUUAGCAUCUUGAAAGCCCGUGCAGACAACAACUUUGCCCAUGCUGAUCACCUCACUGGGCUCCUCCGCGAGGAAAUGGAAAAGCGGGAACAAGGAAAGGGAGGCCUGGUUGGCUGACUAAUGAUCAUGGAAAACAAGGUGCAGUUUGCCUUUGCAGUCACUCCUGAUCGUCUUUUCUUAUUAAAAUGAAAUCAUCAGUGCUAAAUCUAGAUAUGUGUUGACAUUAGUCUUCUUGAUUAAGGAUUUGCGUUCUUCUUUCGGAAUUGAAUGUUUUGAGUUACAGUACAUACCAGUGAAUUGCCGGGCGAUGCCGCCGGUUAUUAUAUAAACGGUAUAAGCAUUCGGUUGAGUAUAACCUGAGGUAAUCGAAGAAGAAGAUAGGCAGACAGAAUUGAAGAAAAUGAAAAAAAAAA